ACGUCUGCGGUUACCCGGCUAUAUAUGAUUCUUUCGGAUAAUAGGUGGAUCCAAAGCAUUUGCACUGCAUAUCAAAUAGAAUGCAAGGGAACUCGUUUACAAUGUAUCGGUACGGGUCGGGUCGUGACUACUGCAAUGCAUUCUGAAGAGGGACCAGGAGAAACGUUAAUAGGUAUCACGCAAUAACGGUUGCCAACCAGCAACAUCAUAGGGACGUGAAAUUAUGCUCUUCGUUUAUAUAUAGGUUGCCUGUCUGCGGGACCUUUGGAUUGAUUCUUUGAUGUAAAUAGAAUAAUAUCGAAGUAGCCUAAUAGGCCGAUCAUUUCAAGCAAUCAAACAUUAUUUGUGAAUUAGGCUAUUAGUGUUGUUAACCCAAUGCAACAUGUUGUUGGCAGUAGAGACUUCCAUCAUUGCAUUUAUUGAUUCACAGAAUACGUAUUUUCUCGGGAUGCUGUCCCUGUGUGCCCCACGCUCAAUCUCCCCUCCGCUGGUUUGAGUUCCUGCUCUCUGUCUGGGGCCCACCUGCUGAUUCCUCCCCGACACCACGUCACGUAGAGGGCAAUGCGGCGGUUUGUCUACUGUAAGGUGGUGCUGACCACUUCGCUGGUCUGGGUGCUGGUGGAUGUCUUCCUGUUGCUCUACUUCAGUGAAUGUAACAAAUGUGACGACAGGAAGGAUCGCUCAAUGCUGCCUGCUCUGAGAGCGGUCAUAUCGCGGACCCACGAGGGCCCAGGGGAGAUGGGGAAGGCGGUGGUUAUCGCAAAGGACGAGCAGGAGAAAAUGAAGGAGCUCUUUAAGAUUAACCAGUUCAAUCUGAUGGCCAGUGACAUGAUUGCGCUCAACAGGAGUCUGCCGGAUGUGAGACUGGACGGUUGCAAGACCAAGGUGUACACGGACGAUCUCCCCAACACGAGUAUAGUGAUUGUGUUCCACAACGAGGCGUGGAGCACCCUGCUCCGCACCGUCCACAGUGUCAUCAACCGCUCGCCACGCCACCUACUGCAGGAGAUCCUACUGGUGGAUGACGCCAGUGAGAGAGACUUCUUGGGAAAGAAGCUGGAGAACUAUGGUCGGACCCUGGAGGUUCCCGUGCGGGUCCUGCGGAUGGAGCAGCGGACGGGGCUGAUCCGGGCCAGGCUGAGGGGGGCUGCGGCCACACGGGGGCAGGUCAUCACCUUCCUGGAUGCCCACUGUGAGUGCACCACGGGCUGGCUGGAGCCUCUGCUGGCCAGGAUCAAAGAGGACCGGAGAUCUGUGGUGUGCCCUAUAAUCGAUGUGAUCAGCGACGAGACGUUUGAAUAUAUGGCAGGCUCAGACAUGACCUAUGGAGGAUUUAACUGGAAGCUGAAUUUCCGUUGGUAUCCCGUGCCUCAGAGAGAGAUGGACAGGCGCAAAGGGGACAGGACACUCCCUCUCAGAACCCCUACUAUGGCUGGAGGGUUAUUCUCUAUUGACCGGACAUAUUUUGAAGAAAUAGGCACAUAUGAUCCAGGGAUGGACAUUUGGGGCGGAGAGAACUUGGAGAUGUCUUUCAGGAUCUGGCAGUGUGGCGGCUCUCUGGAGAUUAUCACUUGUUCCCAUGUGGGUCACGUGUUCCGAAAGGCCACCCCUUACAGCUUCCCUGGGGGCACGGGUCAAGUCAUCAACAAGAACAACAGGCGAUUGGCUGAGGUGUGGAUGGAUGGCUUCAAAGACUUCUUCUAUAUCAUAUCACCAGGUGUGGCCCGGGUGGGCUAUGGAGACGUGUCCUCUCGUAAGGCCCUGCGUGAAGCUCUGCAAUGCAAACCCUUCUCCUGGUACCUGGAGAACAUCUACCCCGACUCGCAGAUCCCCAGGCGAUACUACUCACUUGGUGAAAUCAGAAAUGUUGAAACGAACCAGUGUGUGGACAACAUGGGCAGGAAGGAAAACGAGAAAGUUGGCUUCUUCAACUGCCAUGGCAUGGGUGGGAAUCAGGUGUUUUCCUACACAGCUGAUAAGGAGAUCCGGACAGAUGACUUGUGUCUGGACGUGUCUCAUCCCCAUGGACCUGUGGUCAUGCUGAAGUGUCAUCAAAUGAAGGGGAAUCAGAUGUUUGAGUAUGAUGCAGAGCGGCUGACCUUGCUGCAUGUCAACAGUAACCAAUGUCUGGACAUGCCUACUGAGGAGGACAAGAUGGUGCCCACCCUGAGAGACUGCACAGGCAGCCGCUCCCAGCAGUGGCUCCUCCGCAACAUGACACUGGCGCUCUGAUCUGACCCAGGAGUAGGACCUCCACAUUCACUCACCACCACACCGGCCAGACUCGCCCCCACCUAAACUGGCCACGACCUCACCUCGCUCCACCAGGUGUCUUUUGUCAUGCACGUGUUCCUGCCUCCUUCAGCACUCGCGGGUGGGGAAGAAGCAGGCAGGCAGCAGCCUGUAGUAUUUUAUUAUGGGGCUUCUGAGGCUCUGCAAGGGCUUUAUCUGAGAUGCUGCUCCUCCCAUUCAGUCAAUAUUACACAAAGUGGUUGCCGAGAGGUUGACCGGCACACUCUCAGCCAGAGCUCUCUGUAUGGUUGAAUCAUCUGGGCGCGUCUGUAGUGACAGUGACUAACACUUUUACACGUGGAGGAAGCUGGAAUCAGUGAUACUGUAUAUGUCUGAUGGCUCUCAGGGCUGGUCAUGUGUGAAGUCAGAGUUCAGACAUUAGUACAGCAGAAGCACCAGUAGCAGGAUAGCAUUUCCUAGACAGAGCGUUGUAGUAUGCUUCUAUGGGGCAACCCUGCAAGGUCGAUUAUUCUGUUCUGUGAUAUUGGACAUCCCCAAUUCAUAUUUAUGUCGGAACCACCUGUAAAUCUGAGGAUGAAGGGUCUAACGGUAAGGGUUGUUGACAGGGCCAUGCACAGACCUUUCAGGGAGCAGGUGCUCAAAAUGAACAAAGCCCCCCACCCAACCCCCUCUCACCCCAAAUAUAAGACUUUCAUAAUUCAGAUCUCGAAAUUAAUAACAAACAUUUUUGAGCAUAGGCCUAUUUAUUUCAGCAACACACUCACCCAUCACAGAUUGUAAGAGAGCUAGUUAGCUACAGUGCCUCCGAAAGACAUGAUUGACAUCGGGAAAGAGGGAUGUUGAUGAUUGAUGUAAAUCUGCUAGUUAGCUACCUCAAUUAUUUUUUUUUACAAAUUGUGAUUUAUCUUCAAUGCUCUUAAAUAAUAACUACAUAAUAUAAUAUAUAUAAUCUAACUCGUGAUGUACACUGAGUGUACAAAAUAUUAGGAACACCUUACUUAUAUUGAGUUGCACACAUUUUGACUCAAUUCGCCAGGGCUUGGACUCUACAAGGUGCCGAAAGCGUUCCACACGGAUGCUGGCCCAUUUUGACUCCAAUGCUUCCCACAGUUGUGUCAAGUUGACUGGAUGUCCUUUGGGUGGUGGACCAUUCCUGAUACUCGCAGGAAACUGUUGAGCGUGAAAAAUACAGCGACGUUGCAGUUCUUGACACACUCAAACCGGUGCGCCUGGUACCUACUAUCAUAUCACGUUCAAAAAAUAUUUUGUCUUGCCCAUUCACCCUCUGAAUGGCACACAUUCACCAUCCAUGUCUCAAUUGUCUCAAGGCUUAAAAAUCCUUCUUUAACUUGUCUCCUUCCCUUCAUCUACACUCAUUGAAGUGUAUGUAACAAGUGACCUCGAUAAGGGAUCAUAGCUUUCAUCUGGAUUCACCUAGUCAGUCUGUCGUGGAAAGAGCAGGUGUUCCUAAUAUUUUAUACACUCAGUGUAUUGCUGGCUGGCUGGUGGUUUGUGUGUAUAUUUUAGUAUAUGGUGGUUAGCCAGAUUCUAUACUACCUGUGUUCAGUACUUAAUUUUUCAAUGUUGAGGUGCCGGAGCAAAAAGUGAGUGCGAGAGAGAGAGGUGAACAGUGGAGCUCUGAAGUACCGGAACUCAUGAGAAUAAAAAAAUAUAAAAAAAUCACCUAAUAAAGCAUUGCAUUACGGAAGUCAAGAGGGGACAUAUUAAUCAAAAUAAAGAAUUCCCUUCUAUGUCGCGAUCACAACUUACUUAUCUCACUAUAUCACUAUAUAACAAAAGUUGAUUUGUCGAGAUCACGAGAUAAUCGGAAGUACCACGCAUCGCCCAUUCAUUUGUUCAGACGCACAAUCAGUGGCGCCCCCAGAAAUUGUUCAUAGGGGUGGGUGGCCGGGUGGGGCCACUGAAAAUCUUGGGGUGGCACACCAAAACCAAAAGCCGUAACUGAAUUUCAGGAAUUCUGUUAUGCUGUUGUAGUAUAUAGGCUAGUUGGAAACUAUGUCAAUAUUAAGAGUCACGGAAUCGCAUACUGAUAUACUUUGGUUUCUUAUUUCACAGUUAAAUGUUACUAUUUAUCUGAUGUGCAUUGACUAAUACCAGUACAGUUAACAUUUUAAGUUCCACAACAAUCAUGUUUUAAUGUGUUAUGUAUCUGUAUAUACAUGUGCUAGGCGAUUGUUCUUCAAAAUGGGCUAGUUGCCCUUUUCCUUAGACAAAUAUACAGCUUUAAUUUGAAAUCAGUACAUUGAUUGCAAGGAGCAAAACAUUUACUGUGAACAAGCCUACUCAAGUUUAAAAACGCCACACAGACGCCUCCAAUUAUUUUCAAUACAGCUUUAUUUGGCUGUUGCUGUGUCUUGUUAUAAACAAAAAUAUGAAAUAUGUCCAAAAAUGAAAAAAAAAAAAACAUAAUUAUGGACAACAAUAUACAUUUUACUAUAGCCUACUCACAACCUAUUCAUACCCCUGCUUUAUUAGGCUACAUUAUUUUCAAUACAGAUUUAUUUGCCUGUUGCUGUGUCUUUUGACAAACACAUCCACAAAAUCCUCAAGAUUUAUUGCCCUCGCCCUUCUUGACUCUACACCCCCAAAUUGCUCAAUCGCUCGUCACUCGUUGUAUUUCUCAAGACGGUCUUGGAAAACUGUGCUCACAUGCUACAGUGCUCACAGGUAAUGCAAGUGUCAUUUUGCAGUUUAAACAUCUUGUGGAACACCUCCCUAUAUGGCCCAAGGAAGACUGUGAGCUCUUUUAAACUGGUGUUUCCAAGCCACUAGUUUGUUUCCUAUCAAGAAUUCGCUUGAGCUGAGGGAUCUCAUAUUCUAGAUCCUCAGUGCUGCAGUUGGCAAAUGGCAAAUGGAAACACUACAUUUUUCUCACAAAUUGUGAGACUGCAGGGACUCAAGGCUUGUAUCCCUUGCAUGAUGACACAAUUUUCUUUAGGAAAUCUGCUCUUCACCUCAGAGAGAAGCACAUCAACAAUUGGAAUGAAUGAACCUGACGGAAAUGACUCCUUAUCUGUGUUGACCCGUCUUUGAACUAUUGGAGUGGGAAUGUGAUGCCCUUCAAGCCUAGAGCUUGGUGUGACCUGACGCCCUGGAUGGCCUGGAGGUGCAACAUCCGAUGUAGUAUCAAUGUUCAAGGUGUCAACAAGAGAAUCAACAAGGGAAACAGCCGCGCCCAAAUUUGAGUUGUGGGGACUGUAAAAUGUCUGACAGAUGUUUAAUCUCACCAAAAACAUUGGUGAGUGUUACAAGGAGGCCAAUAAACUAGAUCUAUUUGGGCUAAUAGACGUCUUGCCUCUACGACUCCAUUUCUCUCUUCAGAUAUUUCUUUCAGUAGACGUAUGAUGGUUGGCAGUGUGUGCCCUCACGGUCUUGCAAGCAUUGUACCUACAUGCCCAUCGUGUCUCUAUCAGUCUUUGUAACUCUCUCGGGGCCCCCUGAAACAUCUCCCUCUGCACCUCUUGCCACCUUUGUGGUACAUAUGACCCUGACCCAAAGACAUACAUUUUCUGCAAAAGAGAAAAGAAACAAUAUGCUUCAGGGAUGCAAUUUCACACCGUCAACUAAUACUACAGUUAAGCAAUGUGCAUUGCAGUGAACAUACAAAGCUAAUGGGGCCUCUGAUUUAAUGGGUGCUGGCACACCUGUGUUGUUUCCGCUCAUGACAGAGGCACCAUCAUAUACAUGCCCUACUAGGUGGUUUCUGUAGUCAAGGCCAUACUUCUGCAGUAUUUGUACAAAUUUCGGUGAAAGUGCUGCAGCAUCCAGGCGCUCUGCUACUUCAAAGGUGAGAAAACGUUCACAUAUUGACCCAUUGUAAUUGCAAUUCGAUACUAAGGACAUCUGUUCCUUCUUGCUAAUGUCUUUGAUCUCGUCAACCAUAAUGCUGAAAGCCUCACUUUGUGGAACUUCACUAAUUAUUGAGGUGCGGACCAUUUCGGACCAGGCAAUCAAUCAUUUUGUUUUGUGUACUAUGCCCAAAGUAUGUUGUAUUUCUUUGAUUUCUUUGACUUCAUUUUUCUUUUCACUGUGUGAUCAUGCUUGGCUAGCAGUUCCAUAAUAGAGAGGGAAUGUCCUUUAUUCUGACCUUCCGUUUCUUUAUGUGCACUCUGUGUAAAGUUUUGCAUAGCUGUGAGGAGCAGGGUUUCUCCGACAGUUUUAACGUACUCUCUAUUUUCCCGCACUAAUUUAUUAUACUCUGCAUUUAAGGAGGCUGAGAGAGCAUUUGAUUGCAGUCGACUUUUAACAGCAUGUUAUUCUGAUUGGGCAUGGCCUACAAAUCCCUUAUCUUUGUAAGUUGCUUUUUUCCAAUUUCUUAACCCCUCUUCAGAUUGUAAACACCGAAUCACCUGAGGAGGGGAGACUGAAGUGCCGGCAGGCGUAGAAGUAGACAGUCUUUAGUCUGAGAGUAUUCCAGCAAUUUACAGUACCUUGUAAAAGUAUUCAUCCCCCUUGCCAUUUUACCUAUUUUGUUGCAUUACAACCUGUAAUGUAAAUGCAUUUUUAUUUGGAUUUCAUGUAACGGACAUACAGUGCCUUGCGAAAGUAUUCGGCCCCCUUGAACUUUGCGACCUUUUGCCACAUUUCAGGCUUCAAACAUAAAGAUAUAAAACUGUAUUUUUUGGUGAAGAAUCAACAACAAGUGGGACACAAUCAUGAAGUGGAACGACAUUUAUUGGAUAUUUCUAACUUUUUUAACAAAUCAAAAACUGAAAAAUUGGGCGUGCAAAAUUAUUCAGCCCCCUUAAGUUAAUACUUUGUAGCGCCACAUUUUGCUGCGAUUACAGCUGUAAGUCGCUUGGGGUAUGUCUCUAUCAGUUUUGCACAUCGAGAGACUGAAAUGUUUUCCCAUUCCUCCUUGCAAAACAGCUCGAGCUCAGUGAGAUUGGAUGGAGAGCAUUUGUGAACAGCAGUUUUCAGUUCUUUCCACAGAUUCUCGAUUGGAUUCAGGUCUGGACUUUGACUUGGCAAUUCUAACACCUGGAUAUGUUUAUUUUUGAACCAUUCCAUUGUAGAUUUUGCUUUACGUUUUGGAUCAUUGUCUUGUUGGAAGACAAAUCUCCGUCCCAGUCUCAGGUCUUUUGCAGACUCCAUCAGGUUUUUCUUCCAGAAUGGUCCUGUA